AUGCGAGGCAAGUCGCGUGUGGACGCACGACCGGGCGUGGUGCUCGAGACGGGGGCGGCCCAUGUGCGCGUAGCCACGACUGAGGGCCACGAGGUGCACGUUCUGCCGAAUGCCAUUGCACGUACUCGUCCGGGCGCGCGUCGGCAGGUGCUGGUGGGCGAUCUGAUCGAGUCUGAGUGCCUUGACUAUGGUGGGCUCCAACUCCGCCUGCCCAUUGACCGGGGGCUUGUUGUGGACUGGCAGGCGCAGAAGGCCGUAUGGGACCGCGCUCUAGUGCGCGCGCUUGGAUGCUCCUCGGAUACGUUUGGCGCUCUUCGGGGGCACACGGUGAUUGUGACCGAGCCCUACUUUUUACUGCCUGAGCAGCAGCGUGCAUUUGAUAUGCUCCUCUUUGAAUGGUACGAGGCCGACGCUAUAUGGAGGACCACUCCCGCUCAGCUCGUGCCAUACGCCAUGGACCCGUGCCCAGACGCCAUGGUCGUCGUCGACGUGGGCCACAGCUACACCCAUGCCGUCCCGGUGGUGCAAGGCGCCGCACAGUGGAACGCUGCACAGAGGUUGGACAUGGGCGGCAAGGUCUUGACGCACCUGCUCAAAGUCAUGUUCUCCUACCGCCAGUGGAACAUGAUGGACGAGACAUAUUUGAUCGACAAGAUGAAAGCGGCGUCCUGUUUUGUGGCGGCUAGGAGCGAGCCCCUUGCGUACCGACGCGGCGACGAGCCUCGUGGGCCACCGAGCUCGUGGAGCUUCGAGCAGUUCGUCGAGCACUUUCACCGCCACUCGGCAAAUCCCAUGGUCCAGCAAUACGUGCUCCCCGACUAUGCGACACCUGACGAUGUAAAGGAUCCUAAUACCAAGUAUGGCUACGUGCUCAGCGGUCCCCCGGCUCCGACACACCCUAUCGUGUCGGAUGACGAGCUAGAUGCUUUUAUUGCAGGCCCAUCGCGCCGCACGGCCGGCCCCCAGACAGAGCACCAGGUCUUGCGCAUGGGGCAGGAGCGUUACCAACUAUUUGAAUACCUUUUUUCACCUGACCGGAUCGGUACGCUGCACAUUUUGACACCAGGCCUCGAACAAGGCCCUCUUCACGAGCUCGUCGCCCAGUCGAUCCAGCGCGCCUCGCCGGCCGCGCAGGACAUGAUGUGGAGCCACGUCGUGCUCACCGGCGGCUCGGCUCGGGUGCCCGGGCUAAGGCAAAGACUCGAGCAUGAGCUCCGUAUGUUGGCACCGGAUGAUGUGCCAGUGCAUGUGUACCUGCCAGGGGACCCGCUCGACGCGCCGGCGCGCGGCGCCCUGGCCCUGCUGCACGCGGCGCCGACCUCCGCAGCGAGGCAGGCCCUCGAGGCCCACCUUGUCACGCGCGAGGCAUGGCAGAAGCACGGCGGGGGUGCAUUAACGCCUGGCGAACGAGGCGGCACAGCCCUAGGCGACCAGCGUUUUGACGGCUGGAAUACAAUCGUUCAGCCAGAAGAAUAG